CCGAGGGGGAAAUGGCUGGCGCCGGACGUGACGUCAGAGCGCGGGCGCCUGAUGCGGGCGGGCGGCGCCGUGAGGGGAAGAUGCCGGUGGCGGUGAUGGCCGAGAGCUCCGUGAGCUUCAGGCGGCUCCUGGAGCAGUGCGAGACGCAGGAGCUGGAGGCCCCUGGAGGAAUUGCCACACCCCUCGUUUAUGGCCAGCUGCUGGCUCUGUACCUGUUGCACAAUGACAUGAACAAUGCACGUUAUCUCUGGAAAAGAAUCCCUCCUGCCAUCAAAUCUGCAAAUGCUGAACUUGGUGCAGUUUGGUCAGUGGGACAAAGAAUCUGGCAGAGGGACUUCCCAGGAAUCUACACAGCAAUCAGUGCCCAUCAGUGGUCUGAGACUAUCCAGCCAAUCAUGGAAGCACUCAGAGAUGCGACCAGGAGACGAGCCUUUGGACUGGUUUCCCAGGCUUACACAUCAAUAGUUGCAGAUGAUUUUGCAGCCUUUGUUGGCCUUCCUGUAGAAGAAGCUGUGAAAGGUGUGCUAGAGCAGGGCUGGCAAGCAGACUUUGCAACUCGCAUGGUGAUGCCGAAAAAGCCGGGUGUGCUGGAAGCUUCCUUUAACAGAUUUAUUCCUUCAUCAGAACCUGCUCCGGUCCCACCAAUUCCCAAUGAGCAGCAGUUGGCCAGAUUGACUGACUAUGUGGCUUUCCUGGAAAACUGAUUACCCUGCUCCUGUGUUCAGAACAACUUGGGAAUCCUGUGUACUGACAGUUUUAGAUCUAAGAUUUAUUUUAUUCCGUAUCUGUUAAAUGUUGCAGCAUCCCCCACUCAGAAGUGUGAAGCAUACAGAUUAUGUCAGCCCACUCCUGUUUUGCCAAAGCCCAGCUAGCAGUAAAACAAUCCUUUAACUCCUGCAAUAUUUAUUCAGUAGGUACACAAGCAUACACAGCAGUAUUACAUAGUACAGGUUUGUUUUUUUUAAUUGACUCAAAGCAGGACCUUUUUCAGGUGUGUUAGAAACGGAGAAGAAACAAUUCUCUGGUGAGUACUGCAGUGCUUAGCACAGAUCUAUUGCAUGUUGAACCAGAGGACAGAGAGUGGAAGACUGCCCAGCCUGUAUGUACAGAGAGGAAAUAUUUUGAUGAAAGUGAAAAAAAACAAUUUUGCAGUAACUCUCUAGCAAAUAUUUUUGUGGCAUAUUUAUAAUUGAUUUCUUUUUUCUUGUUCUUUCUGGAUUGUUUAAUCUUCUUGUUCUGAUGUGAGAAAUUUCACAUCAGGCAUAUUUUUACAAGAGAAUAAUUGUUUAACGAAGACAAAUCUAUGAUUUGAGGAAGUAUUUUGACUUUUGGAAGGUUUUAUUUGAGUGACAUAGCACGCCAGAUGUUUUCCUGCGUAACCCUACACCUUGAGACCUGUCACAUCUUGCUCCAUUUCAGUACACUGGGCCAGGAUAUGCAAGAAAUAACAAUUCUUACCUGUCUUUAGCUUUCUGGGUUACUUCUGCCGUGAUUGGAGAGGAAUUUCAAGGUUAGAGUAGGAGCAGAGCCCGGCUGGGAGGAGGGUGUUGCAUUGUGCUGGAGUGUCAGUUUGAAGAAUUCUCUGUCAGAGUAGUGCUCUGUUAAUCUUUGAGCUGAGAGUGGAUUUUGGAAGCAAGCAUGAAUUCUUUUGCCAUUUGUGUUACGUUGGUGAAAAGGCUGUGGAGAAAGAUUGGUGCUUUAAAGGACAGUGCUUGUCUCCAUUUACUUCUCCCCCCUUUCUGAAAUCCUACCCAGAGGUUCCAUGGAAGCUGGCGAGUGUGCCCUUGUGUUGUGAUUGUUUUUCCAGUGUGCACUGCCUACUGUACAUUCUCUUGGUGAGGGGGUGUUAGCAGGGAGGAAUUACAAACUGUGCUCUGCUGCCUUGAGAGCUCCUUUGAUAUGUAAACACUUUUUCAAAAUGAUUAUUUAUUGAUACCCACCUAAGACUUGGAUUGCUAAAUUUAUCUUCAGUGAUAUUAAAGAACAUGUUUACAGUGACCUUGUGUGCUUGACUUUUUAAAUUUUCUGCAGAAUAAAGGUCCAGUUUGAUUAGUUUUUAAAAUUAAUUCUUGCUGGUCUAAUUUGGAUAGGGAUAUUUAAGGAUUAAUGCAAUAUUUUAUGCCUCGACAGCUUUGUGUGCAGCAAUUGUAUGGUGGUAUAUUUAAAAAAAACACUGGUACCUCUCAGAUGUCUUAAAAUACUCUUUGGUGUAAGAAUUUGAGCAGCUGAGGGAAGAUUCCCCUCCUGUGUUUGUAUUGUGCAUGUCUGCACUUGGUAGCACACAGCCCUGCUUGGAGAAAUGAAACCUAGACAUAAUUAAAGGAUUAUUAUGUACUCAGUGAAUGGUGAUAGGAGGGGAGCAAUGUGGACACUGACAGUCUGUGUCUGUCUCAAAUCUAGUAUCAAGUCUAUGUCAAAUACAGUAAGUUUGAUCCUGUCCUAAUAAGUUGGUAACUGUAAUUUGUGGUCUGCUGUAAAAUUUAAUCUGAGGCAUUAACUCAUUACUUGCCUCUAGUACCGUGUUCCCAGCCACACUUUUUACCUUGAUUCUUUGGAAUCCAAACUAUUUCAUAUGAAUUUCAUCCUCAUUGCCCUUAUCCUGGUUUCUGAUUCACUAGUACCUGUCUUCAGAUGAGCAGCUUUGAGCUUUGCUUUCCAGAGCCCUACCUUGGGAAACAUUGUGUGAAGUAUUUCCUAAAGUGGCAUCUUCAGGCAUUUGAAUCCUUGCCUGGCUUGCACUAACCCUGUGCUUUCGCCUCAACAAAGAGGAAGUAUUUUUUGCUGUUUUAAUUGAAGCAAUUGGUGUGGGUUUUGGAGUUUUUCCAAGUACAGUGCUGAGUGGGAGGACCUUUGAGUUAAGAAACAAUUCAGUUGGGAACAGAGGUUCAUGAAGGGUUUGGAAAAAAGGAACUCAAUUCUAGUUUCAGUUUUCCAUUUCAUCUGCACCCCACACGUAAUGGAACAUCGUUUCUUGGCAUUUUAUUACUUCUCCCAUAUGGGUCAGCAGUGCUCAUUUACCCACAGUUCCAGUCUCUGUAGGAAAAGCUACUUGACCUCCAAGGUGAUUAAAACAGGAGAAACGGAGUGGGGAAGCAGAAGAGCUGAGCAUCCCUUCCUGCUGAAGAUCCACAUGGAAACCUGUGGGCUUUAAUUACAAAUCCUGACAGACUUUCCAUAUCUCAUCAGAGCUGCCAGUAAUGCAUUGAAGAAAGCGAAAGCAGAAUGCGCGUGUACAAAAAGUGUCUGUAGCCAUUGCAGGAGAGCAGUUUGGAUGUUGCUCUAAGUCUGUUUUAGCCUGGGGUAGAUGCAAAAAAACCUGUGUAAGACACUAGGGGACAUCUGGAAGAAGUUCUUGGGUGAGCAUUUGGUUCUCCCUGUGUCCUACCCUGCAGGAGUGGGCUGGACCAUCACCCAGACAGCACAUUGCUGUGUUCUCCUAGGAAGGACUGUCUGGGCUGGCUGGCUUGGCAAAAAAGCAAACAAUCCCAAACAAACCCAAAAGAUAAGCUUUUUUGUUUAGUGUCAGUUUUUGUAAUUGACUUUCAACGGACCAUGUGAAGGCAAAUGAGUUGCUGUUUUGAGAUGGGAAGCAGAUUUCCAAAUAUUUUAUGUCCUUGGGUCAUGCCAAUUGACUUGGGAAGUUUAUAAUUUUAUUUGUCACUACUUGUGUUGAACAAAGGGAAGUAAUGUGCCUUCCUGGUUUCCUGAAUUUAGGGAUAUUAAAUGCCAGAUUCUUCUGUGCCUUCACAGCAAAGAACCUCAGGUUUGGGAUGCCUAGGCAGUGUGGCACAACUGGGUGUAAAUGAAGUCAGAGAACAGGUUAAGCUUUAAGAAUCAAGAUCCUACCAAUUCCAAGGCAGGAAAAGUGGAUACCUCUCUCUUGAAUGUGUUCUCAUCUAAUCAGAUGAGACUGGGAAGAAAGGGAAGUUUUUAGCAGUAGGAAUCCAAUUUGGCUUUGCCAUGUGAGCCUUUUGUUACAGAACUGAUGCCUGGAAAGGAUAAAUGACAGAAACUAACACUGCUGAAUUGUGACCAGCAUCUUUGUGUUGUAACAGCCCCUCAAAGCUGAGGUUGGUGUAAAAGUAUGCAAUGAGAAUCCACAUGAUGUGACAACAGGGUAGAUCAGUGACUGCACCAAGACCCGGAUUUGGCCUCUGAUCCCCAAGGAAGGACACAUUUGUGUCUCAGCUGUUUGUGAUCUGAUGGGUAUUUGGGGUAUGAAAUACGCUUUAUCGCUUUCUUUUCAAGUAGCAUUGAGCCUGUGUCAGGUAGCACAUACCAGCUCUGAGAGCUAUCCUGAGCUUUACAAAGUGAGGAUGAUGAUGUCAACACUGUGCUGUCCGAUGCUAAUUGGCAUCUGUGUUUAGACUGAGUUUAUGGAUUAACAUCUGGGACUUAAGUACCACACAGAAGGAAAGUCUCACUCCAUAAAUCACACCUGCAGCAAAACAAAGGGAACUGUAUUUAGUUCAAACAAUUUACUGGAUUCCAACUUGUGUGUGUUGCACUUUGAGCCUGGCACUGGGGCUGCCUUGCCCUUAAAAGAAUUAGUACUUGGAAACAACUGAUGCCUAAAAGUAUUUACACUUUUAAGAAUUACUUGGCUGCAUAAGUAUUAAUUGCUUCCAGGUAUUUAAUGCUUAAUAAAAAUGUUUCUGUGGUAAAUCACUACCAUAGAAUGGUAGCCUACAAGCCCACAAAAUGGGCUCAGCCUUGAUCUGAUGGGUCAGCAGUGCUGAAGAAGUAGCAGAUGCUGAGUAAAAGUAGGGACUCUUGUGGCUGAGAUUCAGGGGUGGAGGGAAGCUCUUUGAGGAGCUCUGUGAGGAGAUGGCCCAGUUCACAAGCUCAGGCUUUGCUACUAGAAGAUCCUGCUUUGCUCUUGCUGGAGGCCAUUCCCUACCAGUGCAUGGCCCUCCAUUGUUCCUAGAUCAAGUCGGAUGGACCUGUGGCCACAAGUCUGUCCCAUGUCCAUCUGACAGCAGAAAACAGCAGGACAUGGCUGCUUCCAGCAGGUCUUGGCUGCUCCUUCACAGUGCUGCACCAUAAUCAGAGACACAGAACAGCUUUUCCUCCCAGUUAUCCCUAUUCUCUGCACUUCCCCAUGUGUCUGCCUUGAUGUUCACUGGGGAAAUUCCCUGUUUCUGGCCAUACAUUGCCAUACUCAGCAGGCACCCAGCUGUGUUUGGACAUGAGCUGCCAUAGCCAGGCAUGCAGCAACUGGGGCACAGAAUGUCAGGCUGGGCAGAGUGUUUAUUUCCAGAACUCCAGAGUGUCAGAAAAUCACAGGGAAGCAUGACAGUAUCUGUGUGCAAUCUAGUUGUCCUGGUGAGAGGAAUGUUACAUUUGUCUUUACAAAUAAAUUGUAAAUCUGUUGGUAGAUAAAGUUAGCACCUAGAGAUAAAAGAAACAAUGGGAGGGAUUACACUGAUUGGUGAAUGGAAAAAGAGAUUUGCCUUUACAAACAAACUGUAGGUUUGCUGGUAAAUGAAAUUGGGUAACAGAAGAUGAAAGAAGCAACAGGGGGGGGAAACUAUGAAUUCUACAAGAAUUAAAAAUUAAAAGGGAGGGUUAUACAUUAGAGGGGAAUGUCAGGUGUCAGGCGUUCCGGGAAGUCUGUGCCUCUCGAGUACCUCAGCCAAUGGGGAAAGAGAGAGGGAAAAGCGGCCGGGAAAUUAGGAUAAAAAGGGAGGCUGCGUCCUCCAAAAAUUCGAGAGAUCCCAGGGGAAUGCCCCAUGGCCUCUCCCUUUAUUCGAAUAAAGCAAAAAGGACUCCUCUGUCUCCUUUUUGGACAUAAA